UUUUUUUUGGGGGGGUGCUUAUCUGUGCAUCUUUUGACUGCUUUGGAUAAUUAGGAAAAUUUCCUUGGCAGUGCUCUGAGAGGAUAGGCAAAAGAGUGACAUAACUACUCCCAAGGAAGGAAAGGUCGAGGUUUUGCGUUCUGCAGACUUUUAAUGUAAAAAAGAAAGUAGUCUGUGUAUGAACAGUCUGAAGUAGUAGGCAUAUUAUGUAAAACCUAUCACCCUGCUCUGAAAUGUUCUUUUCCAGGUCUUCUCCCUCUCCUUGAACUCACUUGCGGUGUCUCAGUGGCUCUUCUGCCUGGAAGGGUGCAGGUUAGAGAGGCAGGCUGCAAUUCUCCAGCCUUUCCUAAACGCGAGUAUUCAAAGGCUGUUCCCAAGCGGAGCAGGCACACAGUCAGUUCAAAGACUUCCAAUAGCUCUGCUGGCUAACUUGUUAUCUUGUAAUGUCCGUGUCCAUCCGUGCCCCCUCCUCCCUCCCCCGCCCCGCUUCAGUGCUUAACGAACAUUUUGUUCCAUUGUAAUUCUUGUAUCAAACAUCUGGAAAACAGACUUGAGUUUGCUUUUUAAAAAAAAAAUAAAAUAAAAAAAAAAAUCAGCUGAAUCAGUAAACUGACCUUUUUUUUUUUUAAAAAAAAAAAAAAGGAAAAAAGACACCACUUUGACCAACACGUUUUUCUGGACUGAAAUUCUACCGAGCCACAUACACCCAUUUGGUCGCAGGAUAAGGCGCUCUGACCACAGCUCGUUCCUCCGUUCACAGCUGUAUCCAGCGGGAGGAGCUGAAACCUGAACCAAACCCUCUGAGCGAGGAUUGGAUCCCUCCCGCCAGCAACCCCAGAGCCCUCCCAGAACAACAGCCUCUUUGGAAAAAAAAAAGAAAAAAAAGUGCUUGAGAACAUCCCGAAGCGAUUGGAGGAGCGGGAAACCCUUCCCCCCUGCACCUGACUCGUGGGUAUUUACAGCACUUUUCAAGGCGCCUUUGCGCUGCCACUACACGACCGCAGUGGAUGGACCGCGCCGGCUAGGCAGCGCGAUAGGGACCGAUGCGCUCGCAGUGAUCGCGUGUGCGUGGGGCUGCUGCAGCGCCAGCCGGGGACCCUUACACCCAUCCACCUACCCACCCACCAGGAGAGCCUGGGAAAAGGACAAAACCCGCCAUCCAAAAUGCCACGGUCCUUCCUGGUCAAGAAACAUUUCAACUCAUCCAAGAAGCCGAAUUACAGCGAACUGGACACUCAUACAGUGAUUAUAUCCCCAUACCUGUAUGAAAGCUACCCAGUCCCUAUCAUACCACAGCCAGAGAUCCUGAGCUCAGUAGCUUACAAUCCCAUUACUGUGUGGACUACAACAGGGCUGCUACCGUCUCCAUUACCCAAUGACCUCUCUCCACUUUCUGGAUACCCCUCAUCUUUGGGAAGAGUAAGCCCACCUCCACCUUCUGACACCUCCUCCAAAGAUCACAGUGGUUCAGAAAGUCCCAUUAGCGAUGAAGAAGAGAGAAUCCAGUCCAAGCUUUCAGACCCCCAUGCAAUCGAAGCUGAAAAGUUUCAGUGCGGUUUAUGCAACAAGACCUAUUCAACUUUCUCUGGGUUGGCCAAACAUAAGCAGCUGCACUGUGAUGCCCAGUCUAGGAAAUCAUUCAGCUGCAAGUACUGUGACAAGGAGUAUGUCAGUCUGGGAGCGCUUAAGAUGCACAUCAGGACCCACACACUACCUUGUGUCUGCAAGAUCUGUGGCAAGGCUUUCUCUAGACCCUGGCUACUUCAAGGACACAUUAGAACUCACACUGGAGAGAAGCCGUUUUCCUGUCCUCACUGCAACAGGGCAUUUGCAGACAGAUCCAAUCUGAGGGCUCAUCUGCAGACCCACUCGGAUGUGAAGAAAUAUCAGUGCAAAAAUUGCUCCAAAACUUUCUCCAGAAUGUCUCUUCUGCACAAACAUGAGGAAUCUGGCUGCUGUGUAGCACACUGAGUCAUGCAGUCAGUGUUUACCUGGACUCGAUGCAUUUCUCUACUCCUGUUCCAAAUGAUAAGUGGAAGUCCAAAGGCGUUUUCUCAUCUAUUUUUCAGCCAAAAAAAAAAAAAACAACCAAAAAACCACAAAAAAAAAAAAAUACUACCAAACAAGCAAACAUAGAACUGUCAGUAAAAAAGAGCUCUAAGUAGUUGCUGUGCAGUCACAUAUGCGCAUUCUUAAGUGUGAAUUCUAAAAUAUAGGGAAAGACACCAUGCAUGACAUUUCAAGUAGAUCUAAAGGAAGAAGCAUUAUCAGCUUUCUUUAUAGAUGAAGCCAAAUGUAGGUCGUCUUUUCUUGCUUAGAAAAGGCUGCAAAGUUAUCAAUACAUUCCUGCCAAGCCAUUUCAACCAAAGAAACAGUAUUUUAAGUGGAACUUUUAUUAAAAAUGCUACCCAAAUGAAUUUUACUAGACACCAUUUAUCUCAGGUGCCUUAAAGUAUUCUGAGUUUACCUUAGUAAAUGUUUAAUAUUAUUCAUUGCUAUGUUUUUUAUUUUAUUUUAUUAGAAGUCAAGGCCUUCAUUAACAAUCUGAAAUACUUUAAAACUGCAUCAUUAAUAGAAAAAAAAAAAAUACAAGAGAAUGUACCAAAAACUGAAAGCCACAAGUUAACCGCAUGUGCCUUUUCAAACAAACAAACAAGAUUGUAGCUUCAAACAUUCCUGGUGCAUGCUUGACCAUCUUUAAUAUGAAAUAGUUCCUCUAAACUUUAAUCUUUUUUAAAAAACGGGAAUAAGUGCAAGAGAGGGGGUUCACGGGAGUUUGACAAUUAUUUUUUUUUUAAAUGCACAAAGAAAAUGCAAUAUUUUCAGCAUUACCCCUCCAAGUGCCUUUUUUAUUGAUGAUUUUGUAAAGUAUGUGGACAUAAUGUAAAUAUUUUUAUUUUUAUAUGAUUGAAUGUGUUAUGAAUGGAAGUGAAUUGUUGCCUAUAGCAGCAUCUAUAGAUAACUUGAAGAAAGUGUGAAGUGGGAUUUAUGUUGUUUUCUAGCCACUUUUUUACAAUAAACAUUUUUAAGUAAGA